UUCAAGUUUUGUUUGUAUACGUCACACAUGACAGCAGCAGUUUAAUUUGAAUUCUGUUUGUGUGGAAACAAUAAUUCAUUACUUAUUGCAUCUUCUAAAUAUCUGCUAUGGAAACCAAAUUUACCUAUCUUGAACCUUCACUAGAAAAGCAACUAAAGGGCCACAGAAAUGCAAUUACAGCGCUUUAUUUCAAUCCUAAUGAACAACAAAUAGCGAGCAGUUCGUUAGAUAACAGUGUUUUGCUAUGGGAUCUUCGCGGUACGAUGAGAAGCUACAGGUUUCAAGGUCACGACGAGGCGGUUAUGGACGUUACUUUUUCACCUUCGGGCAAGUUCAUGGCCUCGGCGUCUCGGGACAAAACUGUCAGGCUGUGGGUGCCUACAGUUACCGGCAGUACUGGCAUGUUUAAGGCUCAUUCACAAACUGUACGCUCAGUACAGUUCAGCCCAGAUGGUACUAAGAUUAUAACUGCAUCUGAUGACAAAAUAGUAAAACUUUGGUCAACAGACAAACACAAAUUCAUUUCUUCAUUUGUUGGCCACACUAAUUGGGUGAGGUGUGCCCGUAUGUCUGGAGACAGUUCAAUUAUAGCGUCCUGUUCUGAUGAUAAGUCUACAAAGUUAUGGAAUCCAGAGAUUGGGGAGUGUAUACACACAUAUAAGGACCAGAAAGGCCAUGGUUUGUGCUUGGCAUGGCAUCCCUCUGGUUGUUAUAUAGCUGUGGGUACUUCACAUGGAAAUGUUAAACUGUAUGAUGUGAGGACACACAACCUAGUACAAUAUUACAGUAUUCACAAUGAUGCAGUAACUCAUGUAGCAUUCCAUCCCAGUGGCAGCUAUAUCCUUACAUCAAGUAAGGAUGGAAAAAUGAAGAUAUUAGAUUUAUUAGAGGGUCAUCCAAUCUUUACAUUGAGUGGGCACUCUGGUGGGGUCAAUGCUGUCAAUUUCUCUGCCACUGGUGAUACAUUUGCUUCUGCUGGGGAAGAUAGACUGGUUUUCAUAUGGAAAACAAACUUUACAGAGUUGUCAAGUGACACAAAAGAAAAUAUUGCUCAAAAUACGCCGACAUUACAUAAUUCAAUGUCUCAAACCUCGAAACUAACAUUGUCAUCGAAAGGCAGAAAUCAGGGCAUAAAGGCUUGGUAUCAAUGCUAUCACACUACUAAGAUCCCUGUGAUUACCUUUGUACACUUGGAUGAUGUUUCUAAUGAUGAUAUAUCUGGAAUGACUUGUUGUUCUGAAGAGCCAAAUGCAAACAGUACAAUGAUUGAACCAAGAUUGUGCAGUCAGACAGACCCUUGCCUUAGAUCUUCACAAUCAACAGAUGAUCACUCCAUUAGAAGGGAUGUGCCUCGACCAAGUAGUUUACCAAGGACUGUAAGAAUCCCACCAACACCUAUUUCAGACUGCUCUAAGGAAACAAGCUCUUUUCAUAGUGUUGGGCACAUGUGUCACAUUCCUCGGAUCCCCCCUAGCCCCACCACAUACACUUUGCCUUCACUAAACAAAUCUUUUGGAACAACAUGUGCUCAGGAGGAAGACAUGUUUGGUAUGAUUAAACUCAAAGACAAUGAUGUUUGUUAUACUAGUGGUACAAUAGAAUGGGUGGGUAGAAAGAGAAGCUAUCCUGCAAACAGUGGCUUCAAAAUAAUAAAUGACCAAUUUACUGAUUUACAUUGUAAGAAAGCAAAGAAAUUUGAUGAAACUUAUAGACAACUGCAGAAAACUAAGGACUGUGAUUGCACUGAUGUACUGCCAACGGUUAAUGCUAUUGUUGACCAUCUGCAUGCACUUCAUGAGGCUGUGGACCUUGUUGACUUAAGACUUAAUACACUAGAAGAUGUUAUGAGCAAGAAGUAAUUAUUUAUUUUAACUGUGUGUUAACAAAUGAAAGGAGGUGUCAAGUAUUAUUAAUAAACAUAUUUUUAUAAAAAUGUUUUAUUAAAA